AUGUACACCCCAUGUGCGGGCACGGACAUUUUUAGAACCUGGUGCAUAGUCAACUUUGCCAUUGAGUUCGGGCUGUCCUGUGGUAAAGAGAAGCCACCAUGCGCUAUGAUUUGUGCCAAGCACGUUGAGCAUUUAGGGCCGCCAGAUGCCGACGGGACAGCAAAUCCGUUACCGGGCGACUUGUUGUCAUUGUUUCAAGCACGAACACUGUGCUGGCGCCAUUGCUGGCAGUGGUGUAAGGGAGUCGCAAUUACCUUUGACUUCUUGCUGGCAGUUGUUCUGUUCGUAAGCCGAAGCAGCAGCCUAUCCUUUCCGACAGGCUUUGCAUAA